UAGUAGCGCCACAAACCUCGCAGUGUCAUUGCCAAAUGCCAUUUCUUUCUGAACCGCAACCAACUUCGUUUCAUUUUGCUUGUCAAUUUGACGUUUCAUAUUGCGGGCCUACGUCUCUUUCUUUUUCCGGUCGGCACUAUGGGUAUUGAUAUUAGCCACAAAUACGAUCGUAAGGUUCGCAGAACCGAACCCAAAUCACAAGAUGUUUACCUACGUCUAUUGGUCAAGUUGUACCGAUUCUUACAACGCCGCACCAACAAGAAGUUCAACCGUAUCGUGUUGAAGCGUUUGUUUAUGAGCAAGACCAACAGGCCACCCAUGUCUUUGCAACGCGUUGCUCGUUUCUUCAAGGCAGCCCAACAGCCCGAAUCCACUGUUGUUAUUGUCGGAACAGUCACCGACGAUGUCCGUCUAUUGACCGUGCCCAAAAUGACUGUGUGCGCCUUGCAUGUCACCCAAACUGCUCGCGAGCGUAUCUUGAAGGCUGGUGGUGAGGUAAUCACCUUCGAUCAGUUGGCUUUGAAGUCGCCCACUGGCAAGAACUGCUUGUUGUUGCAAGGUAAACGUACCGCUCGUACUGCUUGCAAACAUUUCGGAAAGGCACCCGGUGUACCUCACUCCCACACCCGCCCCUAUGUUCGCUCUAAGGGACGUAAAUUUGAACGCGCCCGUGGUCGUCGUUCCAGCUGUGGUUAUAAGAAGUAAACAAUACAUGGAACACCUUCCAAUGUUUAGUUGUAAUUUAAGUUUACUCAUCUCUCAACCAAUUGAACUUGUGACAACACCGUUUAAGAAAAUUCCAGCAAAAACGUGAAUAAAAAUGGUUGAUGGAAUUUUUAAAAAGGAA